GGGCUUGGCCCAACUUGCAAACCUGUGCGGUUAACGGAGCUUGCUUGUUUAUUUUUGUCCGUUUUAAUUGCGGGCACAUACUUGACCCCUUGUCCUUUGAUGUGACCAUGAGGUGUUUCAGAGUUGCUCUGGUUGGAGUAGGCGUUUCACCUCUUUGUUUCAGUGGAGGAAGUUGUGAAAGUUUUGUUUUGUGUGGAUCGAGUUUUCCUUGAGUCUGUGCGUCAGAACUGUUGAUUGUCAAUGCGGUGGGCAACGUUUGUAUAUCCUCAGUGGCGAUUACGUUGGCAAUUCUACAAGUGUAAGACAUGAUCACAGCAUCUGGUAUAUGGAAAAGCUUAAUAAGUAGUUAUGUGGAAUCUUUUUCUUAGUUCCCUUUCAUGUAUGUAAUUGUUAGGUUAGCAGAGGCACACUUGAAGAUAUUUAUCUGGAGGUGUAAUCCAAGAUUCUAAACCUCCACCCUGGAAAGUUGGAGGUACAACGUGAAUUUCUCUCAUGUGUUGGGUGCUGGUUUAGAAACAGAUAUAAUCUGAAAUUUCACAAUUGAGUACCGAGUUCCGUCUGCCCCGCCCCCCACCAAAAAGAAUUCACCAAAUGUAGAGCCGCUGAUGGGGUUUCUUAUCUUCUGUUUUCUGAUGUUAUCGGGGAUAUGCAGCCAUCCCCGUUUUGCUGGUGACCAGGUGGAGAAUUAUGAAACAGCAACACGGAUUCAGGAGAAUAUAAAACUUUUUCAGACCCAGAUGGAAGAGCUACAGAGGGAAUUUGAUGAGAAAAGUAAAGAUGUCCUCAUUGAGGAGCCAGCAUCUCCUCCAGUGAAGGAGGAUACAGAGGAUCAGGAUCUGGACUGGAGCCUGUGGAGUGUCUUCGUCCCAGCAGUGUUUAUUGUCAUUGAAAUCUGUAUACAGGAUUUAGAUUGGAAACUGCUGUGCAAGACCAUUGAUGAAGAGGAUGAUGAUGAUGAUGAAGUAGAGCAAGCCUGUCAAAGGUCAUUUACACAGCUUGUCUCAUUCCCUGAUCGAACUGUACUGGAAUCGUUUUACAAAAUGCAUAUUCGGAGCACUAUGCAGGAUAUCACUCGAAUGUGCGAAUUUGUUGAAGGUUUUACUGAUAUCUUGUUGGUUGGAUGUCGCAGUCUGUGCCAGAAAGACUAUGGUAUCUUUUUAGAAGAUUGUACUGGAGUUGGUAGUAUGUUUGAAAAAUGGGGUAGUAAGCGAGAGGUAACAUUUGACCUUCUAGUACCUCUUCUGCCCCCUGAAGGUUAUGUGUUUAAACCAGAAGAGAUGCAUCCUGAAUUUCCACCCGAGAAGCGAGGUUACCGGCGGAUAGCUGUCCAUUCUGGAUGUAUGUGCAAUAGAACAGAGAUACUAGCAGAUGUAUUGUGUCUGAUACAUGGUAAAGACAAAUUCCAUUUAGGAGAGAAGCCAGAAGAUUCGCUAGAAACCUGCUUGUGUACUGAUGCUUACCUUGAUACUGAAAAAGUGUUAAAAUGGAUGAGAGCUUUGUUAUUGGCUUCCUGGGAACAGAUCUCUCACAAAUAUGAUUUUAAAGUUACAUUCCCUUCUGCUGCCCUAUGCAUCCUUAAGUUGGCCUAUAGGACUGGCAGGCACAUUUAUAUUAAUAUCAUCCCAGCAGUGCGUUGUAGAGACACUGAUGUGUGUUUUGUAACCUUGAAUUUUGGAAUCCACCAGCCACGGGUUUAUUGGCUUGAGUCUUUUGCUUUGUUAGAACACCAGUUUUUGAAAGGAAUUGCCAGAUCUCUUCCUGAGGACAGCUGUCACAUCAAAUGUUUGCAAAUCUUAACAUAUUUGAAUGAAAGACAUUCACCUUCAAAGGCCAGUGUACUGACUUCCUAUCAUAUCAAAACAGCACUCAUGCAUCUAUUGUUGGUGCACAGCCCUGAAAAAUGGCAGAGUCAGUGGAUCACUCAAAGGUUGCGAGAUGUUGUGAGGUACUUUAGCUGUUGUCUGGAUGAAAAACGGCUUUACCAUUUUAUGACUGGUAACAGAUCAUUAAUGACAAAGUUUGACAUUCCCAGUGAUUUUCAGGACACUGAACCAGUAAACCUUUUCCGAGCUUUUGUGCUGGACCAUGCAGCCUAUAGAAAUGCAUUGGCUGAGUUUCAGGAAAUGGUAAUGAGUGUGAAUGCCCUAGUCCCAGAAUGUGCAGUAUAGCUAUUCUUUGAAACAAGAUGAUUGUACUCUAAACUCAAUAUUUAAAAACAAAACUAUUAAUAACAAUGGUAGUGCUGUUACAUUUCAUGUUAAUUGGUGCAAAGACAUAGUUCUGAAUGAUCCGCUGAUGACCAGUAACAGGACCAGAAAAUAAUAUUUUAGCAAGUAGCAACAUAUCCAGGAAAUUGGAUCAGAUACUGGUAUGCAGCUGGAGUUAUUUCCAGAACAUUGUUACUUAUUCUUUGUCCAGGAUAUUAGAGAAGCUGUAGGAAAUAUGUCCUGCUGAUAGUUUGCCAGGGUAAUGCUGAAUGUUGAAUGGGCUGUAUUUUAUAGCAAACAUUAUUCAUCUUAAAUCUAUCUGCAAUAAUCAAAGUAUUAAUGCCUUUUAUUUUUUUUACUGGGGAGGGUAGUAUGUUGUUUGGGUGUGUGUAUCAGCAGACUGGCACUGCUAUGUCUCCAUCAUCUCCCUACUGUGUUGCUCCUAAUACAGUUUCUCUGCAUUGUGACAUCCGUGAAGUCAGGUUCUGUGACAGGGUUACACAAAAUGCACCUUUUGUAGAUUAGCACCAAUUUAGGUUUAAAACACUGUCAGUUAAAUUAAGACAGAAACUGUGAAUAAUGACUCUAGAACACAAUGAAACGAGUGCUUGCUUUGUUCUGUAAUUUCUAUGUUUUUAUGCUACAGAUUAUAUCCUUUUAGGUGCCACAUAAAGUGUUUAUAUGUACUGUUGGUUUGUUUUUUGGUGUUUCUGACUGUUCAUGCACACAGGGCUAAACAUCUGGUUCGAUGUUCAGCUAGGCUUAUGUUAAUAGUUUGAUGGGACUUUUUAAAAACCUUUAUGUGAAGAAAUAAAAUUAUACUGUGGGUGUUAUUCAUAGUACCAUGCUUCACGGAUGCAUAAAGGGAAUGUGAGAAUCGUGUCUCUAUGCCUGUACUUAAAUGAGUAAAGUGCUAAGAACUGGCACAGAUUUUUAGAA